CUGACUGGAUGGAACGUCAACAACAACUUUGUUCAAUUUAAAGAAGUUACAGUUUUACAAAAUAUUUCAUACUUUGACUACAGGCACGAUUUCUAAUGUGAAAAACAAAGUUACACCAUUUUCAGUUGGAAAAUGUCCCAGGGAUGUACAAUUUCUGUGGAAGAGAUCCAGUCUUGGUGGGAAGUCCCCGCCAUAGCCCACUUCUGCUCGCUGUUCAGGACGGCAUUCAGUCUACCAGACUUUGAAAUUGAGGAACUGGAGGAGGCCCUGCUGAAGAGGGACCAAGACUUCCUGUCCGACCUGAUCGCCUCCUUGCUGCAGGGCUGCUACCAGCGAACAGACAUCACCUCCCAGGCCUUCAGCAGCUACCUGGAUGACAUCAUCAACUAUCGCUGGGAGCUGGAGGAGGGGAAGCCCAACCCCUUGCGGGAGGGGCCCUUCGAGGACCUGGCCCUCCGAACGCAGGUGGAGCUGCUCCACAGACUGUGCGACUACCGCCUGGACGCUGCCGACGUCUUCGACCUGCUCAAGGGCCUAGAUGCGGACAGCUUGCGGGUGGAGCCUCUGGGGCAGGAUGGGAACGGCGCCCUCUACUGGUACUUCUAUGGCACGCGCAUGUACAAGGAGGAGCCCGUCCGGCCGAGGGCUGGCGAAAUCGGCGAAACUUCUGAGGUGAAAAUGCCAGAGAAGCGGAAAAGGGGGAGGCCACCAAAGAAGAAGAAGCUUGAGGAACAACAGUUGAGCGAGCUGGACUGUGUGACGAAGGAGGAGAACGGACUGUCAGGCCUGCAGCCUGGAGGCGAGCGUCAGCGUGGGGCCUGGUCUCUGGCCUGUGCCACCGAGGAGCAGUGGCUCAGCCUGGCCGAGAGCAUCAAGGACAAGACGUCGCCCCAGGACCGCCACCUGUACCGCAUCAUCAGCCACAACUUCCUGCCCGAGAUCAGGAGCAUGAUCGAGCACAAGGAGAAGGAGCACAGGGAGAAGCUGUUGGACUCUGCCCCGGUCCGCAGCUCUAACCGCCUCACUGCCAAGCGCAUCACACAGGAGGAAGAGGAGACGCUGCAGGCUCUGGCGGACGUGGAGCAGCAGAAGCAGAGGGAGGAGGAGAUGGAAAGACAGAAGCUGCUCGCUGAGCAGCGCAAGGAGGAGGAGAGACUCCUGCAGGAGGAGCGCGAGCAGGAGGAGCUGGAGAGGGUCAAAGCUGUGGAGGAGCGGGCCAGGAGGCGGAAGCAGCGGGAGGAGAAGGCGUGGCUGCUGUCCCAGGGCAAGGAGCUGCCUCCCGAACUGCUGCACCUGGAGCCCCACUCGCCUGUCCGCCAGGCCCGCAGGACCAAGGAGUUCUAUGAAAUAGACGACGACUACACGGCUUUGUACAAAGUGCUGGAGGCCCUGAAGGCACAUAAGGACUCCUGGCCUUUCAUGGAGCCUGUGGACGAGUCCUACGCUCCCAACUAUAAUGAGAUCAUCCAGACCCCAAUGGACCUCUCGACCAUCGAGAAGAAACUGAACGAAGGAGAGUACAUCGCCAAGGACGAGUUUGUGGCAGACGUGAAGCUCAUGUUCGAGAACUGCCAGGAGUACAACGGGGAGGACAGCGAGUACACCAUGAUGGCGGAGUCUCUGGAGCGCUGUUUCAGCAAGGCCCUGCUCAAGCACUUCCCGUCAGAGGACGGCGACACAGACGAGGAGUUCCACAUCAGCGGGGAGGACCGCGACCGCGAGCGGGAGCGCGACCGCGAGCGCAAGGACAGGAAGCGCAGCCGCGGUCAGCGCCCGCCGGGGCCCGACAGCCUGAUCCGCGCCACCGAGCUCGCCACGCGUCGCCACGGCGCCGGCAAGGGCGCCGCCCACCCGGAGGAGGACGGCCGCAAACCCGCCCCGACCCCGCCCGCCUUCCACCGCGCCAACGGGCCCCAGCCCGGCACCGACACCCGGCCCAGCCUCUACCACCCGGCCCAGCCGCUCCAGGUGGCUCCGGGCCCAGGAAUGUUUGCGCAGCGCCUGUCUGGGGGUCCAGGACUCCCCUUCCAUGGGCAGAGACUGCCAGCCCCCAGGCUCGGAGAACCCAUCCCUCAACGCAUGCCCCACGCCUUCAACAUGCAGCCUCCUGCAGGAGAGGCCCAUCCCCUGGGGCUCCGGUUCCCGGGGGGCCCUGACGCCCGCCUGCAGCCCCAGCAGCAGCAGCCCUAUAUGGGCCCCACCCAUGGCCCCUCCCUGGGGCCCCGCCCCGUGGCCCUGCAGUCCGGGGGCCUCUGCACCCCGCCCCCAGAGGGCACCAUGUACCCCUCCCGCCAGCACCCCGAGGGCCCCGUCCCCCACCCCGGCAGGAGCAGGUACCCAGGGCCGCAGCACUGCUCUUACGCCCGAUUCCGGCCCCCGGGGGCAGGCAUGCCCGGCGUGUGGCCCCGGGUGAACAGCCAGGGGCUGGAGCGGGCAGCCGGCCCCUCCCUGCAGGACCAGGGCAUGGGCACACAUCUGAGCCAGCACCCCUUCAACACGGGCAUGGGGCGCGGGCCCCCUCCUCCCUGGUCCGAGGUCCCCGUGGGGUACCGGUCUCCGAACGAGCAGUACAGGACCCCCCCCGCCGUGGGCUCCCCUGGCCCCCCGCCCCACCGGCCCCCCAUGGCCCUGCAGGACGGCCGGCCCCGCCUGUCCUCCAUGCUGGACAGCCCCGAAAUGAUCGCCCUGCAGCAGCUGUCUGCCUCAUCCGGGCCCCCCUCUGGGCCCCCCUCUGGCCCCCCUCGCGCCCCCCUCCCUCAGCACAUGGGCAAGUUUCAGCAGCCCCCUCUGGCCACGCCCGCUCCCGCCCACGCCCAGCAGCUGCCCCCGCCUGAAAUCCAGCUCCUGCGCCCCGCCAGGGACAACGCUGCAGACCCCCGGCCCCCCCUCCAGCAGGACAUCCUGUCCAAGGGACUGCCGGUGUCCGAGCCCGCAGUGGGCCUACAGCCGGCCCGGGUGACCCCGGUCCCGUCGGAGCAGGAGCGGCGGUCCGUGCCCAGCCCCAGGGCCAGCGGGGGCGUGCAGAGCCCCUCGGGCCCCGACUGGGGGAGGCCGCAGGAGAGGCCGCAGGAGGAGCAGGCGCUGGGGCCGGGGCACCCCCAGGGCUCAGAGACGGAGAGGGCCCCGCAGUUCUCCCAGAACGCACCUCACCGCGCGCCGCAGGCCUCCCACCCCGGCAUGCCGCCCCACUCCUCCCAGGCCCCCGGCUACACCGCCCCCCUGCCCCCCGUCCAGCCGGGGCCCCGGGACAAGAGGCCGGGCGAGCUCCUCGGCCGCAGGGAGCCCAGUCACAUGAUGAAGCCCGCGGUCACGCCCAGCCCCGCCAACGGCCACUACAAACCACAGGCCUUCAGCCCCGAGCCGCAGGGCAGGCCCCACACACAGGGGCUGGAGAACGGGGUCAUGGGCCACUUCAGCAUGGGCGGCCCAGCGCACUACGGGGUCCCCAUCGCGCGGCCCCUGGCCCCCCCAAACCACCAGCCCUACCCCUCCCAGCCUCCACCACAGCCCGCCAACCCCCACCACAACCCUGCCCGCUAUCCCGUGUACCACCAGCAGGGGGCGGCCUAUCCCUACCACAUGUCCUCCCAGAAUCCCCAGGGCCACUCCUCCAUGUUCCCCCAGUUCCAGCAGCCCCACUACUACACCCAGCCCCAGGCCGGGGGGCGGGGCAGCUUCCCCCCCGCCGAGGAUUGGCCCAGGCCCCCGUACCAGCCCCGCCUCCCCUCCAAUGCGUACAUGACGGCAGCCGGGGUUAACGGCCGUCUGAAGGACAGCAUGUCGCCCCAGGGCUCGGAGGGCUCCGGAGGCAGCCUCCUGUCCCCCAGCCCCCUGCCCCCCGAGGGCCCGCACUGUGGCCCCGCUGACUCCUGCAAGGCGGGCAGCCCCGUGAAGCCGGCCCCUCUGGAGCCGGACGGCGACCGGCCCGACAGCCCGAAGGAGAUCCUGGACCUGGACAGCCACAACGCCGCCGCCCGCCGCCGCGCCUCCGGCUUCCCCUACGACCCGCGCACCGCCCCGCACCCCCACAUGAUGCCCCGCCCGCCCUACUCCACACACCCCUACCACGGGGCCCACUACGCCCCCCAGCGGCCACACCCCCACCUCAUGGAGGCCCUGCAGAGGCCCCCGCACCUGCCCUUCCCCUCCGGCCAGCCCCGCAUGGCACUGUACGGCCACCCCCAGGCCAGCGGCCACUUCCAGGGCAUGCAGGUCCAGCAGCGCGCCCUGGCCCCAGAACACUACCUCCACCCUGGGCAGCAGGCCAUGUGCACGGGGUCUCCCAGGAGCACCGGCAGUAAGCAGGGAGUGUGAAGUUCAUGCUGGGAGUGUUGGUGGAGAAAGGGGAACGGAGUACACAGAAGAGUGCAGAGCAAACGCAGAAUGCUCCGCGGGCUUCCGCUUCCUGGCAGCUGUUGUUGACGGACCGUCCUGGGCGCGCGCGUAAAUGUGUGCUGAAUAGCGCUGUGAAUCCUUGCUCUCCACCGUCUCAAACGUCGUCACUGUCUGUUGUAGUUCUGCUGGAGGACUGGCGAAGGCAGCUUUACCUCUAGGGAGCGUUGCGCCUGCGGAGGAAUUCUGGGAAAUAUUUCCAGUGGGGUUUGUGCAGCUGUUUUCCGAGGUGGACUUACUUACAGUUGUAUCUGUCUGGAGGAGCGUCUUUAUUUGUUUUAUUGUUUUUGCCCUUUGGGAAUUUGGGACUGCUGUACAGAGACGCCCAGCUGCCGGGCCUCGUGCUGUCCCAAAAUACACGCGCUAGCGUGAGAGCCGGCCGCCAUCCCUCCUGUUAGAACCCCCGCUCGGACAGCCCAGCUCAACAGCGCUGUGUAUAACGGAGGCAGCGAGCUCAGUCUCUCUCUCUCUCGCCGCUUCGCUCGGAGAACACCAGUCUCUCCCCUCGUCUGAUGCAGGGGGAGGUGCGUGGGAGGACCAGCAGUCCUCUUCUCAAACAUUAAACUCAGGUGUAGGAAAUAAAAGGGUACUUUAAAAUGGUAGAAAUGUCCUGGCCACUUCCGGUUGCCUUUUUGGUUUUCUCGUCGAAUGUAUGUGUAAAUAGUUUAGAUUCCGUAGACUUUGUCAAAAGGGCAGAUGGUGAAUUGCUGUCUGCAAGAAAACGUUUGUCAGGAUGAUGUGAUUUUUGGUUUCUUUUUUUUACAUUUUUACAGGUGCUGUCCAUUUUCACUUGUAACCUAAAGCAUAAUUUUCAGUUUAGUUCAGGUCAGUUCUGUAUGCGUCAGUGCUGCCUUCGCUAUGAGAAUGUCUUCCAUUGCAUAGACGUGCAGGGAGCUCAGCUCUUCCAUGGCUUUGCGCUGGAAAGUUGGGAAAGUUGAUCUCCAAAUAUGUGGCCUUUAAGUCAGUGCUUCAGUUCCGUGAGUAUGUAAAGUACACAUUAGUUUACUCCUGUCUCUAGAUUUUCUGUACCUGUGUGUCGUGUAUGUUUCCAGCUGCUUUACAUAUGCACAUGCACAUACACAAUUCACACGAAUCCAUUUUUUCUGAAUCAGCUCGUGUAGAAACAAUGUUUCGUGUGUCACUCAAGACUGUAAGAAUGAACUUGAUGAAAUAGCAAGUAGCCAGGAAGAGGCAAAAAAACAAAACAAAAAAACAACUUCAUUUAGGUGUGAUCCUCGGUUCCAUUUUCUUAAUUGGACUUUGUUUCUUUAAAUGGAUGCAUCCUGCUGGUAAUCUAUUUGUAGAUAUUUGUACAAUAGGAUUAUUGCAUAUGUCUGUGGUUAACAGUAGUAAGUUGGUUUAAUUACUUCGUAUCCAGUAGAUCUUGAACUUGUUUGAGAACUGAAAUAUUUCCACAUGUCAAAGCUUCCCUUCUUUCACACAGUGAACAAAAUCCUCAGGGUGCAGCAUUUUAAUACGGGUAUUUUUAUUAAUGACUUAUUUGAAGGCGAAGCGUCAUGUGGGAUUAUACAGCAACUGUGAUUGAACUCGCCUCAGCUCAACACAAUAAUCUGCUCUGUUAAGCAAUGGCUGGCAUGGUCCUCGUGGACUGUGUGUGUGUGUGUGUGUGUGCGCACGCGUGUGUGUGUGCGCGCGCACAUGUGUCAUCUGCAGUCUACUGGGAGAUGCUGGUCGUCGCCACCUUGCUGGUGAGCGGAGUUGGCCUGUUUGACUUCUGUCAAACACAAACUGUACGAAGUUGCAAAACAGCAUGUUUUAACCGUGGCAGUGUGAAUUUAUACAAUUGCUGAACUUCCAUGUUUUUUUGUUAUUUUUGGUUUGUUUUUUGUAUUUCUGUAAAUGUAUGAUUGUUGUACAAAACAUUUUGAAAGAAACACUGACACUGUAUGGUUAGCCUUGUCACUGAGCGGGUUUUUUUGGUUUCGUUUUCUUUUGUUUCUAUUUCUCUACAGCAGUCUGGGUCUUCAUCAGGACCUUUUCGACUUGUGGAUACUAGUAGUUGAAACAUGUUUGUCUGAAAGCCCUUACAAGUGUCACCAGUUCUUCCCAUUGGCUGUGUACAUUGUAGCCCCCCAAGUCUGAUUUUGACGCCUUAGUAUGGAACCAGGGGACUGGUGACAGCCACAAGUGAAUCUACCUCAGAGGGCCAGUCGCUUGGCCUGGAACCCCCCCCCCCAACACACACACACACACACACACACACACACAACACCACCACCACCACCCAGCCCUCCUGUGCUCUAGGCUACAUGCAAGUUAUCUCUAGGUGAAUUUUGACAGAACAGGCCUUACGUAGUCUUUGUUUGGUGAGCCUGUACAGACGGCAUCCGCAUGUCUGUGCCAAACUGUGCUGACACAAAGCAAGUCCUUGGUGUGGCUCACUAGCGCAGUUCACAGAACCUGAUGUGCGUAGUCUGUAUUUCUGAUAAAAACCGCAUGGAUUGUGGUGUGGCUAGACCAGCCAAGUUAAAGUUAUCGCAGUCACCCGGAAAGCUUGGUGAGCUUUAGUAGUUUUGUGGUGAGCAGAAAAGGGCUUUGUACAUAGUGCUCCUGGCAGGCCAGCCGUAGAGAUGCAUGCCCUACCAUACAGCACAGUGGCCGUAAGCCAGGUGUAGGAACUUCAAGCGGUUACAUGGUUCUGUGUUAGAAGGUGCAAUGCUAGAACAGCACGGCGAGCUAAAAGCUUUGGGUAGGUGUUUGUGGAGUAUUAUGAUCUUUUGUUUUGUUUUUUUUUUGUAGAGGAGCAGAUUGGGAAGUUAAGUCGGGGUGAAUUGCCCCUGAGUGAAGAGGAGUAGAUUUUUAGGCUACUGAUGUUCCACAAGGCAGUGCAGAUUUUGUUCCUUUUUUUUUUUUUUUUUUUUUUUUUUGAUUCUUGUAAGCAAUAGAUAAUAAGUGGUCCUCUUUUCUGCUGUCCAUGUAUGAGGAACGGCUUACAUGUACUGGUCUCAGAAGUUGUUUUAUACGGUCUCUUAGCGCUGCUGUGCACAGCGUUCGAGUCUGACGUCAUUUUUAUUCUUCAUUUUCUCGUCUGCUGUCAUCUGGUUCGUCUGCACUAGCGAAACGACUAGAUUGGAUUUAAUGUGAAUCAUAUUUAUUUGUUCUUUAAAUUUUGUAUAUUUUGACUUGUUUUAAUAUAAAUGUGAUGUCUGGUUGAUUUUGUUUUUUAACAGUUGACAUUUACCUCAGUAGUAUGGUGGCAUCAACAAUAAACAUGUACUUUUCAUUUUUAAUGUGAAGUUUACAAGUUCAUAUCUGACUGGCAGAUUAUUUUGGAAAUGCCGAAGUAUUUUCUAUACUGUACAUUUCUUAGAAUAAAUAACUUUUCCAACAUCCAAA